GCGCAUCGACCAAUAGGAGAACGCCUUACUGAAUCAGUCGACCAAUGAGCGUCGAGCUUUCUUGCACGGUGCCAGUUCCGAGCGCGCGCGCGCAACAAACCGUCGAGCUAUUUCUAAUUUUAUCCGCCUUGUUAAACUGAUAAUUCCGUGUUUGAGCGCCGUUAUUUUUAGUUAAUCAAAAGUUUCGCUGUACAAACUUCUAAAAAGUCAAUAUUUGCACAAAACGAAUAGCUGUGUUUGUCGUAUACUCAUGCGAGGACAUUCAAACGGAAGGCGCGAGCCGGUUUGACGUGUGUGUGAUCAGCGCGAGACAGAGUUGCACGCUUUAAUUUUGGAUUUAUUAUAUUUUAUAAGCUUGCAAAAUAAUUUGAUUCGAUCCUAAAAUACUGAACUGGUAAUAAAGGAAUAACUGCACGCGCAUAUUUUAGGUAAAAGUCUGUGUUUCGUAUUGCACUCUGGUGGAAAUAUCAAUCAUGGCGCAAUUUCACGAGGAUCCGGCGUCGCUCACUAAAGAGAAACUCAAGAGUGAGUUAAUGGCCAAUAAGGUUCCUCUGCCCAGCGCUGACAGCAAGAAAGACGUGUAUGUGCAGCUGUAUCUGAAGAACCUGACCGUGCUCAACAAGAAGAAUACCCUUCCUGUGGACACUUUCUCCAGCGAUGAGGACACAGCGCCGGUGCUGUCCAACAGGAGCCGCUCUGGGAAGAAAGCCACAAGAAAGACGGACCGAGUUCGGACUGACAAGAAGGAUUUUGCAGGUUUGACUGAUGAAGAAUUGAAGGUGCAGCUUAUGAAAUAUGGUGUCAACUCAGGGCCAAUUGUUGCAUCAACGCAUAAAGUGUAUGAGAAGAAACUUCAGCAGCUCCAGGAUCAGCCUCCAGGGCCCAAACCGGAGACCACUUUCCCAGAGGCCGUCACCAUCAAGCCAGAUGGAAACCAGAACGGAAACACACAUUCAGCAGAAGAUCAGUACAGUGAUAAAGAAGAAGUCGAUCCAAUCCCAGAACCUGUUCCCGUUGCAACUAAGCCAGUUCGGAGCAGAGGAAAAACUCCUGUCACCACCAGGACCAGCAGCAGACAGCGUGCCAAACAGGUGGAGGAAACAGCAUCCGUUGAUGUUCAGGAAGCAACUUUGGACGGAGGAGAUAUUUUAAAGGAGAUGUUCCCUAAUGAAUCUGCCACACCCACUGGAAUAAUGGCCACUUCUCGGAGACCGAUCCGCGGUGCGGCUGGACGUCCUGUGAAUCCAUUGAAUCUCUUGUCUGAGGAAUCCCUCCUGCAGCAGAACGUUUACACAGCGACCAAAUCCUCCGUCAUGGAUGUUUACAGCUCAGCACCUGCGGCUCGUCCUCAGUCCCGCCGUUCCUUCUCCUUCUGGUUGAAGCUUCUGGUGUUCCUCACACUGGCUGCGUUACUGUACUACGCCUUCCAGAACGUCACGGCGGAUCAGAUCAGUGCCUGCCAGCUCUAUGUCCAGGACAAUGUCAUCACUCCCAUCAUCAGUUAUAUUAGUUGGGAAAGCAACGGCGAGAGCGACAACGGCAAAUAAGCGCUCCCUUCUGUCGACUUGCGCUUCAGCAUGCAUCUAAUGUCAGACUGAAUUUUCUAGUCCCGUUUUGCUGGUCCUUUGAGGAGCAACACAUUGUCAGGGUUUUUUUUGGGGGUGGGGGUAAUGCAGUUCGACUUUGCAGUCGUGUCUAAAUAGACUCGUGUUUUAAGUAGUCUUUAAACUGUGUGCAUCGUGUUUCAAUCUUGCUUUGUGAUUUUACUGCUUUGUAGCAUACGAAAGGCCAUAGAUUGAUGUAGUGUUUUAUAAUUGAUAAUAGUAAAUCGUUUGCCACAUACACCAGCGUUUAGUGGCGUGCCUGUUCAAAAUGUGAAAACGAGUUUUUGUUUUUCAAAGCUUUCAGUAAGUGCCAACAUAUGGCCCACACCAGCACAAUUUGGUUUCACACAUCAAGGCUGGAAGGGAAAACCUGAAGGUGAAUGUUUGCAAAAAUGGUUUAAAUUAAAUUUGUAGCUUUUUUUCUGAAUGAAUUUGCCAUUGUUUAUUUCAACACGGCUGAAGCUAACAUUUUAGAGUUGCGAAUCAUGAAUAAUAUAAUAAAUCAUAAAUAAUAUUUUGCUUAAUGAAACCUAUAAUUAGGGCCAUUUAGGUUGUUUUUAAGUACAUUUUCUUCCACAAUAUUUUUACUACUGUAACGUGACCAUAAAAUCUCAUACAAAAUACAAUAAUAAAAAUUAUCCUGGAUGGAUGUAUUAAAUUUUUUGAUAUAUAUUAUAAUCAGCAUAAAUUUAAUUUUAUAGAACAAGUACUGCAAUAUAUAUAUAUACACAUAUAUAUAUAUAUAUAUAUAUACACACAAUUAUUCUUUACAAAUAUUAUUACAUUUUUAAUUAUUUUUAUGCUUUACAGGUAUUAGAUUUUGGAUGGAAAUGUGCUUAAAAUACGCUAUCCAAAAAUCUGAAUGGUCCUAAAAAUAUGAUAGAAUUUCUUUUGAAUCAAAUAUUUAUUUUUGAAUUUUAGGCUGAAAUAUGCUCCGAGCAUGUUCUUGAUUUCUUGAGAUUCACUCUGCAGCAUUUGUUUAAAUGAUUUGUAGCCACCAGCUCAGAUGAUGUUCGGUUUUAGUGCCAGGCAUGAAGAUAUUUAUUUUUAUUCAGAGCUGCAAAAGUGUGUUCUUUUAUUCACCUGAAAGUCUCAUGUGGUAAAUGAAGCUUUAUUUCUGGUGAAAGGCUUUUUUUAAUAGAUAAUGACGACUCAGUUAAUGUGUUUGUGAUGUCAUCAUAAUGUGAUGUGGCACUAUAGCCGAUACAGUUUUAAAACCCAUAAUGAAAAUUCAACCCACUGAAUACCUCUUAUUGACUGUAAUCAAUCUGUCUGUGAAAGCUCAAACAAUGGCGCUAAACUAUGAAUUGUUUUUUUUUUUUUUGAACGAAAAUGUUGUCCAGAUGUAUUUAUUAACUUUGGACUCUGUCUUCAUUUCACACAGAAAAAUGUUUGCAUUCUUUUUCUGGUUUGCGGGGGUUUGUUUUAUAUAUGUUGCUAUCAGUUAAAUUACAUUUUAACUGCAAUAUUUUUCUAAUGUUUUCUCAAAAAUUAAACUUUUUUUUUUUUUUAUUUUUUAAACAAAGUGGGUUACUUUUAAAUGUGUAUAUAUACUGGAUUCACAACUAACAUUUUAGUGUUGGUGUGCCCUGUUAAAAGGCAGUGAAUGGCAUAAAGUCAAAUUUGCACUUUGUAUUUAGGCAGCUAACUGUGGAAAAUUGGUUAUUUGGAAUACAUUGAUUGUUUACCAUUGAUUCAGUACAAUACUUGUGUGAAAUAAAAGAACAUUUAA